AGGCCCUGAGCACCGAGUGAGGGUACGCAGGAGUCCCCUCCCUCUCCCACUGUGGAAGAGCUGCUUUCUCCAGUGGUGAACAGCCAAGGAGAGGAGCCCAGAAACUAGAAGAUCUGCGGUGACUGGCACACAGACCCAUCUCAGUCCUCCCCUACAUGGGAUCGGCCGACUCUUGCCUCCCCCACCGACAGAGGGCAGUGGGGUGUUUGUUCCCCAGAGCAGGCCAGCUGCUGGCUUUGCUUCUCACUUAGAGCCACCGCGACCAUCUCCGACCCAGGGGCUUAGCCCACAGGCAGCUGCGGUGCGUGGGCCGGGAGCAGGCAGGCAAGUGGGCAGGCAGACAGGCAGCAGGACACUCGAAAACUGUCUCUGGCCAGGGCUAGGUGUCUCCCCAGAGGACACGAAGACCAGGGAUAUCGUCCCUCCUGCCUUUUGAUGAUUUAGACAUGGCUGGAGAGCCCAGACCCGGCCCCACCCAGCCAGGCCAGAAGAGGCAGCAGGGCACAGCCAUCUCCUGGCUGCUCUCCAGUCUGUGCUAAGCAGUCAAUGAAAUAUCAUUCCUACACCAUUCAUUUUUGACUACGUCAAAAAGUUGUAAGAAAAAAAAAUGGAAGGGAGGAAAAAGUCAAACCAUUGCAUUGGCCGGGAAUCGAACCCGGGCCUCCCGCGUGGCAGGCGAGAAUUCUACCACUGAACCACCAAUGCUGCUACGAAGAACUGUUUGCCGCGGAGACUCAGGUGGUCAGCCACAGGCUUCAGCACUAUGUCUGCUCUCCGUCAACGUUUCCGUCCGGUCCGAGGGGGCGGAGCUCUCCAGCCAAUCCAAAAGGAUCCAGAAGGGAGAAUUUUCCCUGAGCAGUGGCGCCCAGCGGAGACGCAUCAGCUUCAGUUCUGUCCUAGCGUCCUAGCCCCCAAGCCCCCAAGUCCCCAAGCCCCCAAGCCCUCCCGCUGGCUGGUUCCAAGCCCUCCCGAGGCUGCGCUGGGCGCUGGGCGCGGGACCCCCACCCACCUCUAGCCCGACCCCCGGGGCUGCGCACGCGCCCUCCUGGCGCGCCGCUGUCACUUUCUCCUUUCUCCAAGGACGAUCCUCCCACCACCGGAAUCAGCAAUCGGCAUCCCUGCUGUGUCCAGGCCGCCCGUCCAGAUCUCCUGAAGCCAGAAAGCGGAGGCGAGGAUGGCCGGAAAUUUCACUAACCGGCCUGUGGGGCGUCUCAGGAUGAAGGCGAACUCCCUCCCCUCGCCCCCAACGUCCUCCAUUCUGACCCAGUAGCCUUACAGGCCUCGCCCCUCGUGGGCUGGGCCUGAGCUGGGGACGCACAGCACCAGAAAGUUGUUUUAGAAGCUGUAUUGCUGCCGCGUGCAUCCCCUCCCCUGAUCCUUAUCCCCCGUUCCAGCCCCGGGUGCAGAUGGCAACCGAAGCUCCUGUAGCUGUGUCCCCACAGAGCCUCCCUGCCCAGUCAGGUGCUUAAUUCUCUUUGCACCCAUCUCCACAUCCCUCCUAGGCACCAAUUCCCUGCCUGGAGAUGCAUGGUACAUGAGAGAAGGGGGAAAGGCCGGGCAACGAGAGUCUGGGACUUUCCAGACUCCUGCUCUCUCCCAAGGACUGGAGCAAAGAGGAAGGCGGCCUGGCCACAGCCUUAAUCCUGCCUGGCUGGCCCUGCCAGUCAGUGCUGGGCCACAUCCUGGCAAUCCCAACCAAGGAUUAAAGGCUCUCACACCCCCACUGUGGCUUUGGGCCCUGACUUAACUCUUUCCUUUCAUCCUUUGCCAGACUACGAUCCAGAACAUCAGCUGUUCCUGGGUCAGGCAGAGGAACUUUUGGAGAGCCCUGAUCUGGCCGGCCAGAAGGCUGCAGGCGAUUGACCCCUCCUGCCCACUGGGGCCACCUGACAGAUACCCCUUAUUAGAGGCCAGACAUGGGGAAGCUGGUUUGCUGUGUUCUCUCAAAAUGGCCUUGGUCAAGUCCCUAAGGCCUCUUCCAAUGGAGAAUUCUGGGAUUCUAAGGAAAAGUUGCACACCUCAGUUUCUUCAAGUUAAAUGGGUCUGGGAAAGGACUCUGGCCAUGGAGAGUGACCCCUUCCCCAUUUGUCUCUGUUGCAGCAGCAGUAACUAUGACCUGGACUACAAGCUGUACAGGGAAGAUGUCCCCUACCGUGUGUAUGAAUGCCAAAGAAUCCCUCCACUCAUUAACCGCGUGCCUGUCAAGAUCCGGAGGACCCAGGUGGGCAUGGGGAUCAAGAGCAGCUGCAGUCCCCACAAGGGCCCCAGGAAGAGCCACCUGCCCCAAGAGCAAAUAAAGCUCCAGACCGAGGAGCUGCACUCCAUCAGGGGGGAGCUAAGCCAGAUCAAAGCCCAGGUGGACCGUCUGUUGGAGACUCUGGAGCGCAUGGACCAGCAGAGGGACCAGCUUCUGGGUCACGCACCUCCAACUGGGGGCCCAGCCUGCACUCCAAGGUCAGAGGCCAGUGAAGAAAACAGGGCCCUGGUGAGUAAGAGAUCCUCAUGCAGAAACACUGAAGCCAAGCAGGAGCCCAGGGGCCAGAGGCCCCAUCCAGAAGCAGACAGCCCCGAGGACAGCACAGACCCAGAGGAGGCAGUGAGUGGCCCGGCACCUCCCCUCAUCCUCACCCUCCCUGCGUUUGAGUCCUUGUGGCCUCCCUGUGAACAAGGGAGAGACUCGGGUUUGUGCGGGAGCCCACAGUGGUGGUUGAGGGGAGACACAGGACUUCUACCGCAGGCAAGCCCCAGAACAUGGGCCCUGCACUGCGUUGUCUCCCACUCUCAACUCGGGCUUGAUGAGCUCAGCUGGACUAGGGAACACAGCCAGGCAGCUGGGCCAGUUCUGGGCUGAAAUACCAUCUUCUCCAGGAAGCCAGGAGGCGGGCUUUGAGCACCACAGACAUCACAGCUGUGCCUCAUGGCCCCACACCCCUUGCCUGAGAACCACCUGGCAAACUUGUUAAAACCGAUUUCUGCCUUUUCCCUGCCCCCACAUCUUAUAUUGUACCGUGCUCCCCGGGGAAGCUGUGGCACAUGGACCUUCCCGGAUGGAGAACAUCCAACCUGAGUCUGAUAAGAGCCCUUCGUGCAACAUCAAAGGGCCCAAAUGUUCCCUGACCUACCAUAUCCUCCUCCCUUAUUGGUAGUCCCUGAGAUAGGCCAAGCCCCGGGUUUGUUUGGGCCAUCUCAACAGGGCCCAGGAUGCCGGUGCAGGGGCUGGCAGUAAUGAACUUCCCUUCCUCCACCUGUCUAGCUUUGCCCCUCCAACUGCUGGGCUCUGGAGGGCCAUUACUAUUGCCCAGGCCUGAGUCACAUCUGGGGAAAGACUGGGCUAGAGGAAGGGAAUGUUUGUUUUGUCUAGGGGUUCUGGGUUCCCAGUCCUCUAGAAGAAUCUUGAGGAGCACUGAGCUGCCCAAGCUGCCCAGAAAGAGAUGUGGGGGUGAGGGGAGAUGUUGGCAGACAGACCUCCCCUUCCCAGACACCCCAUGGCUCUCACUCCUCCUGGCCAGAGUCCUGCUUCUGUCUUUCUACAGGUGAAGAAUCAUGCAUCAGACCAGGAAAGCAGUCAAUAGAAGAGUGGAACCCCUCCCGGCUCCUUCCCAGGCUUCCUUCCUUGCCUCGUAUGAUUUCUGGAAGGCGUCCUGGUGGCACCUGUGCAACCAGAGGCACCCAUUUUGGAAUGAGGACAAUGAAGUGGAGGCUUGGCUCAGCCGCACCAGCAGGGAAGUCUCUCCGUAAUGGUGGCUUUUGCUUUGGAGGCCAAGCUUCCAGAUAGUCGGGGGGCUGAGAGGGAGGCCUGCAACUGCCUAGCACAUGCUCGCCAUCCUCAUGAGGCUGAGGCCCAGUCUUGCAAGGGGCAGCUGAACAGGCCCCUGCCUUGGGAGCGCCUCAGCCCCUCUGACUGCAAGCACUGCUUUGGCUGCUUUUCCCUCCUCUCCAGGUCCUGCCAGUUCCAAGUGUGGAGCGUCCUGCAGCCACCAGCCCCGCUUUCCCAGUUCCAGUGAUGCACAGGAAGAUCCACUCAAGUUCUACAGUCCCUUCCGGUCUUUAAGCUCCUCGGUGUGUGUCCCACAUAACCCACCUUUGGUUCCAGACUGCCCACCCACCCUAUAAAGCCCUCAUUCAUAACAGGGGUAUCAUUUUUAUGUCCUGUUUCUAUCUUGUCUCUCGCUUGACACUGUGUAUUUCAGACCUGCUCUGGAAAUGCUGUAAUGUCAAAGGGGAAAAAUAAAAUUUGUAUUUUUCCCUGGUCAGGGGUUCUU